AUGAUAGCAACAGAUGUGGUUACAACAACCAAAGGCAUCACCACAAAAACCACAGCUGCUCCCUCAACAACAACAACAACAACACCUUCUUCCACAACAACCACAGCUGCUGCUACAGCAACAACUUCACCCACAACAACCACAGUUUUUCCCACAACAACCACAGCUGAUGCUGCUACGACAACUACAGCUGUGGCUACAACAACAACAUCCAUUACAACAACAACAACAGCUGCUCCCACUACAACCACUGCAGCACCAAUGACGACUAAAGCUGCUCCCACAACAACCACUGUUUCCCUUACAACAACAACAGCUGCUGGUUUGAUAACAACAGUUGUGGCUACAACACCAGCCAUCCGCACAACAACCACAGCUGCUCCCACAACAACAACAGCCACAGCUCCGACAACCACAGCCAUCCUCACAACAACCACAUAUGCUCCCACAACAACCACAGCAAAUCCAACGACCACAACAGCUUCCUCUACAACAACGCCAGCUGCUCCAACAACUACAACAGCUUCCCCUACAACAACCACAGCUGUUCCCACAUCAACCACAGCUGCUACCAAAACAACCACAUCUGCAUCGACAACAACCACAGCUACAGCUCCGACACCUACAGCCAUCCCCACAACAACCACAGCUGCUCCCACAACAAACACAGAUGCCCCCACAACAACCACAUCUUCCCCGACAACAACUACAGCAGCUCCAACAACCACAACAGCUUCAUCUACAACAAUCACAGCUGCUCCAACAACAACCACUGCUGCUGCUAUGACAACAAAUGCUGCGGCUAUAACAACUAAAGCCCUGUUCCCAGACCAACAACAGCUGAGGCUACAACAAGCAAAGUCAUCCCAACAACAACCACAGCUGCACUCACAACAACCACAUCUUCUCAGACAACAACUACAGCAGUUCCAAUGA